AAACAUGAAAAUAUUUUGUGAAGGAAAGGACUUUGAAACUUCCAAGAUCUAAAGAGACUGGUGGAUUAAAAGUAUUUCAGGAUUCCUUACUCUGGCUUUCCUGACUGUAAAAAAUGAGUAAAAGAGAGAUAAGUAUAUGUCAGCAAACUCGGGCCCUUCUGUAUAAGAAUGUCCUUAAAAAAUGGAGGAUGAAAAGAGAAAGCUCAUGGGAGUGGCUCAACUCUUUUUUUAUAGUUCUUUAUUUGUACUUAGUUUCAUCGAUUUUUGAUGUUGUUCAGAUUCCUGAACUGCCUUCUACAGACCUUGGACGCAUAGAUGCAUUUAAUGAUUCUGACUUUGUGGUUGCAUAUACACCCAUCUCCAAAACAACUCAACAGAUAAUAAAUAAAAUAGCAUCCACUUCCUUUAUGAAAGGAAUAAAAGUAUUUGGAGUCCUAGAUCAAGAAGCCAUAGAGGUAAUAAUUGGACAAAACAGGACUGAAAUUGUGGGUAUCAUCUUUCAUGAUACUUUCUCAUAUGAAUUGAAAUUUUUUUGGGGACACAGAAUUCCACCUUUUGAGGAACAUGAAGACCAUGGAGUUCAUUGUUAUCGUCAUUAUCAAGACCCCAGAAACUUCAGAUGUGUACUUGAAAAUUAUUGGAUUUCUGGUUUUGUUGCCUUUCAAGCUGCCAUGAAUGCUGCUAUUAUAGAAAUCACAACAAACCAUUCAGUGAUGGAUAAGAUGAUGGCAGUCACUGGAAUAAAAAUGAAGACGCUACCUUUUAUAUCUAAAGGGGAAAUUGCUAACGAGGUCAUUAUUUUCUUCUACAUAAUUUCAUUCACCCCUUUGAUAUACUUUGCUUCACUCAAUGUUGCAAAAGAGAGGAAAAAAGCUAAGGAAUGGAUGAAAAUGAUGGGUCUCCAAGAUUCAGCAUUCUGGCUUUCCUGGGGUGUGCUGUAUGCUGGAUUCAUCUUUAUUAUGGCCACUUGUAUGGCACUUAUCGUAACAUAUUUGCAACUUAUAAUCAUCCCUGGCUACUUUGUGAUAUUCACUCUGUUCUUCAUCUAUGGUCUUUCCUUGGUAGCUUUUGCUUUCUUGGUGAGUGUUUUGAUAAAGAGACCUGUACUUUCUGGCUCAAUCAUACUCCUCCUUAUUGUUUUUUGGGGAACUUUGGGAUUUACUUCAUUGCAUAGACAACUUCCUGUGUCUUUGGAAUGGAUUUUAUGUCUCCUGAGUCCCUUUGCCUUUACUCAUGGAAUGAUCCAGAUGGUAUGGAUGGAUUACAACGUGAGAGGUGUUUCUCUCCAUGACCCCACAGGGAGAUCACAUGCGUUGAUAGCAACAAUUUUUAUGCUGAUUUUUGAUACUAUCCUCUAUUUGGCACUGACAUUGUAUUUCGACAAAAUCUUGCCAAAUGAAUAUGGAUACCGGCGUUCUCCCCUGUUUUUUCUAAAGUUCCGACAUCAACAGCACCAAGUCGUAGAAAAUGAAACCAGCCCUGAAUAUGACUCUGACUCUUUUGAACCAAUAUCUUCAGAAUUCCAUGGGAAAGAAGCCAUCAGAAUCAGAAACAUCAGAAAAGAAUAUAAAGGGAAGACUGAGAAAGUGAAAGCUUUGAAAGGUUUGCAAUUGGACAUCUAUGAAGGCCAGAUCACUGCAAUACUUGGUCACAGCGGAGCAGGAAAAUCAACACUGCUAAAUAUCCUUAGCGGACUGAUUGUUCCAACAGGAGGCUCAGCUACCAUCUAUAACAACAAACUCUCUGACAAGGCUGAUUUGGAAAAAAUAAGAAAGAUAAUUGGUGUUUGUCCACAAUUCAAUGUACAAUUUGACUUCCUCACCAUGAAAGAAAACCUCAGGGUAUUUGCUGAAAUUAAAGGGAUUCAGCCACAGAAGGUAGAACAAGAGAUACAAAGAGUCAUUACAGAAUUGGAAAUGAAAAACAUUCAAGAUACCAUUGCAGAAAACCUAAGUGGUGGACAAAAAAGGAAGCUGACUUUUGCAAUAGCCAUUUUAGGAGAUCCUCAAGUUUUGUUGUUGGAUGAACCAACUGUUGGAUUGGAUCCUUUUUCAAGGCAUCAAGUAUGGAACCUCCUAAAAGAACACAAAUCAGAUAAAGGCAUUCUCUUGAGUACACAGUUCAUGGAUGAGGCUGAUAUACUGGCUGAUAGGAAAGUAUUUAUGUCCAAUGGUCAAUUGAAGUGUGCAGGUUCUUCUCUGUUUCUGAAGAGGAAAUGGGGGAUUGGAUAUCGCUUAAGUUUGCACAAGAAUGAACACUGUGACUCAGAGACAAUAACAUCUCUUGUUAAACAUCAUAUCCCUGAUGCCAAAUUAAGAGAAGAAAGUGAAGAAAAGCUUGUGUAUACUUUGCCCUUUGAAAGGACAGAUAAAUUUCCAGACCUUUACAGAGAUAUUGAUAGUUAUAAUGGCCAAGGCAUUGUGCAUUAUGGUGUUUCUAUGGCAACCCUGAAUGAAGUAUUCCUAAAACUAGAAGGGAAAACAGCAACUGAUGAAGCAGAUUUUGGCAAUUGGGUACAGGCUCAAACAGAAGGGACAAGAAACUCUGAAGGCUUUGUUGAACUUGACCAGCCUCUCUCUUCACUACCUGGAAGGAGGAAGGUGACACUCAGUCGCAUGGCUCUGUGGAGACGACAAGUCUGGGCAAUAGCAAGGCUUCGAUUCUUAAAACUAAAACACGAUAGAAAAACUUUUCUGACCCUAUUACUGGUGUUUGGAAUGGCUUCGAUACCUUACCUUUUAGAAGUCAUAAUAAAUAAAAUAUUUCAUCAGGAGACUGCUUGGGGACUUUCACCUAAAGCAUAUUUCCUCUCUCCUGGACAAAAUCCACAAAGUCCACUCACCAGCCUAUUGAUCAUCAACAACACAGGGUCAAACAUUGAAGAUUUUAUAGAUUCUUUGAAGUACCACAAUCUGCUUCUGGAAGUAAGGGAUUUUGAAAAUAAAAAUGACACAGAUGAUCCAUCAUACAAUGGAGCCAUCAUUGUAUCAGGUACAAAAAAGGAUUAUGAGUUUUCAGUUGUAUGUAACACCAAGAGAUUGAAUUGCUUUCCUGUGCUUGUGGACAUCAUAAGUAAUGGACUACUUAAAAUGUUUAAUUCCUCAAAGCAGAUUCAAACUGAAAGAAGCAUAUUUUCUUAUAAUUCAAUGGAACUUUGGCUUAAUUUUUUGAACAGCAAUAUUUUAUGGCUAUCAGUUGCCACCAGCAUUUCUCCUUACAUCGCAAUGAGCAGCAUCUAUGAUUACAAAAUAAAAGCUCAAGCCCAGCUAAGGAUUUCAGGCCUCUACCCUUCUGCAUACUGGUGUGGGCAGGCCCUGGUGGAUAUUCCCCUGUACUUAUUGAUACUCCUUUUAACACUGACAUUUAUGUAUGUUUGUAAGGCUCAAACAUUACCAGACUCUUUGUAUGAUCCUGUAUUCAUGUUUGCUAAGAUCUUCUCAGGCAUUGGUUAUACAGCAUCUAAUAUCUCCUUUUUGUAUGUGAUUUCAUUCAUCUUUCGCAAGGGGAAGAAAAACAGUAACUUUUGGUCCCUUUGCUUCUUCACUGUUUCAAUACUAUUGAUAGACAGUCUUCAGUAUUUCUACAGUUUUCCCUAUUAUAUGCUUCUCUGCAUAAUAUUAGUACCCUCUUUUACAUUGUUGGGAAUUUGUGAUCUUCUUGUCGAGUCCUACUACAAAGAAGCUAAUAAUGAUGGAUCUGGUAAAAAUAUUUUCUUCAUAAUUCUCAUACCUUAUCUUCAAUGUAUCAUUUUUGUUUUUGUUCUACGGUAUCUGGAAAGAAUGAAGUAUGGAAAAAAAUUAGUAGGAAUGGACCCUGUAUUCAGAAUUUUUACAUCAAAUAAAGAUGGAGGUCCCAACCCUGAGGAACCAGAAACUGACUAUGAGGAUGUUCAGGAAGAAAGAGAAAGAACAGCAAGUGCAUUGACUGCUUCAAAUUUUGAUGAGAAACCCGUCAUUAUUGCUAGCUGUCUACGCAAGGAAUAUGAAAGCAAGAAGAAAAGUUGCUUUGCAAAGAAAAAGAAGAAACUGGCAAUAAGAAACAUCUCUUUUUGUGUUAAAAAAGGUGAGAUCCUGGGACUGCUAGGACACAAUGGAGCUGGCAAAAGCACAGCAAUUAAGAUGAUAAGUGGACACAUCAGACCAACUGCAGGAAAGGUGGUGCUGAAAAGGAGCGGUAGCCCCAUGAAUCAACACGGACAUGACAUACUCCCGUUCCUUGGCUACUGUGCUCAGGAAAACUCACUGUGGAAAAACAUUACAGUGAGAGAACACCUAGAGAUGUAUGCUGCUGUGAAAGGGAUGGAUAAAGAAGAUGCCACAGUUAUGAUUUCACGGUAUGGAACAGAGAGAUCCCAUAGCAGUUCUCUCUGGGAAAAAAGAUUAGCAGAUGCUCUAGCACUUCAGGAACACAUGAACUUUCCAGUCAAUCAAUUGUCACCAGGCAUAAACCAAAAGCUAUGUUUUGCACUGAGUAUCCUGGGAAAUCCUGCCGUCUUGCUUCUGGAUGAACCAUCGACUGGAAUGGACCCAGAAGGACAGCAGCAAAUAUGGCAGGCUAUCCGAGCAACCGUUAAGAACAAAGAGAACGGUGCUAUCCUGACUACACAUUACAUGGCAGAAGCUGAGGCUGUGUGUGACAGGGUGGCCAUCAUGGUGUCAGGACAACUACGGUGUAUUGGUUCUAUUGAACAUCUGAAAAGCAAAUUUGGCAAGGAUUAUUUACUAGAAAUACAAGUGAAGGAACCUGGGCAAGUAAUGCCCCUACAUGCUGAGAUUCUGAAACUUUUUCCAAGAGCAGUUCGGCAAGAAAGGUAUUCCUCUUCGAUGGCUUAUAAGUUGCCUGUGGAAGAUGUUCAACCUCUCUCUCAAGCCUUUUCCAAAUUAGAGGCAGCUAAAUGUGCCUUCAACCUGGAGGAAUACAGCCUCUCUCAGUCCACUUUGGAACAGGUCUUCCUAGAAUUGUCAAAGGAUCAGGAGCUGGGAGAUUUUGAAGAAGAACUCGAUACAACAGUAAAAUGGAAACUCCUUCCUCAGGAAGAACCUUAAAGGGCCAAACCUCCCCAGUUCCCUUUAAUCUCAAUGGAGUCAUUUAUAAUCCUGUUAAUUUGUCUUAUUGGUGUUAUAUUUUGUUACAGAAAUAAGUUAGUGAAAUCUUUUUAAAGCAUAUAUUUUUACUCAGUAACUAAUUACAUUUAAAUUAGUGAAAGAACAUGAGAGGACUGGGAUGAAAGCAAUAAAUAGCACUGGCUCAUGACUGGGUUCAGCUAGAUGUUCAGGGAUUUCCUCUGCAUUUGCAUGCCCUUCUAAGUACAUUUUCUGCAUUCUAUGAAAUCAAUAAACUAUAGAUAUGAUGGGA